AUGCCCCUCCCCGAUUUCACCUCCCCCACCACCUUCCCCCCCUUCACCUCCAUCCCCACAACCACCACGCCAUCCAAUUCAGACCAACAACAACAACAAGAACCCUACUACCUCCUCGCGCAAAUCCACCAAAACAUGACCCUCACCAAACCCACCCUAGUCUGCACCGACGCCACCAACACCUCCUUCGCCGUGGUCUUCGGCUCGCGCCCCGCCUCCGGGCCCGACACCCUCGACCUGUCCCGACUGGGCUACCGCCGCGGCGCGACGCUGGCUCUGCCCGGCGCGAGGCGCACGCCGCCGAAGGAGGGGGAUGGAAGUCGGGGGUUUACCACGGAGGUCACUCUCAUGAAAGGGCUCGCAACAUGA